UUAAUAUAUACGUCCUUUCAUGAAAAAACUGUAGAAGUUUAUUAUCACAAUAGUUUUACUGUUUUUAAAAUUGGACACAUUUUUUACUCCUUCCUACUAGUUAAAAAAAAAGAAACCUUUUUUUUUAAAGCAAAGACCAAUACAACAUUCAUUUCAAAAAUGGGAGGUUGUUAUUCACAUUUACCUCAUCAAUCGCAGUGUUUACUACAAAAGAAAAUUCCUCGACCACCUCAUACACUCCAACCCGAUCAAGAGAAAAAAAAAAUGUCUCUAAAACAAGUAGCAGUAAAAAAUACGAAAACUCUUCCAUUUAUAGCUUCGAAAAAUGGUACUUUAGCCUUAAAAAAUGUUAUAUCAAAAGCAACUUUAAAUGGGAUUUUCAAUACAAAAAACCAAAAAUAUUAUGAAGAGCUUUCUCCCUUAAUGAAUUCUAGCGUUUAUCAAUCAUCCCAAUCCAUUAUUUUGAAAAAAAGAAUACCCUUGUUUUUAAAAGAUAACUGUGUUUUUCCUUCUAGUUUGAUACAUGACGAGCAAGAGUCUGAAAUACUCAAUAUGAGUUCAAGUGAAUCAUUGCACAAACUAACAGAAUUAUUUAUUAACGAUCAUCUGACAUCAAACAAAGUCGAGUGUGGAACCCCACAAUUAUAUAAAGCCGCUUGCUGUUACUGCCCAAUGAAUGAAACAUGCCCUUGCCAACUUUCUCCAGAGAAAUGUGAACGAAACAAAACGUUUCCUUCUGCACCACCUAUUAUUUGGGAUGCAUUACUUUCUUAUCCUUUACAUGUUUUGAAGAAUUGUGCCACGGCUUAUCGUGAAGUUUUAUUUUCUCGAUUUUCUGUGGCUCUUUCAUUCUAUUGUUGUUAUGAUAUGUAUUGUCUUGAUCAUGCACUUCCAGGCUCUUGGUAUCAAGAACGUCAGAGGCAUCGAACAUGCUUAUACUACGCGGAAAAAUUUUUGAACGAGUCUUAUACACUACUGUCCAAUAGCCUAACGUCGAUGCAAACCUGUUCUUUUCCUAUACUUCCUUCUUACGGAGGGAAUACAGAUUUUUGGGAUCAAAGUCUUCCUGGACAAGGUGGAAUCGAGGGUCCCUCUUUGAUACCUUCUGAGUUCCGUGGUCAUUUAGUUGCUUGUCGUUCUAACGCUUCUAAAGAUCAUUCUAGCGGUAAACGAAAUUUCGGAAUUGUUUACGAACUGGAACCUUUAUGUUGUGGUCUUCUUUGGAAACGAACGCUUCAAACGGGUAUAGGGUGGCGACGCCCUGGCUUGCGUUCGCUCAUCACUUUACGGUAUUCAUUUUUGGCUUCGUCCCUAAACAAGGAGUCUUUUAAUACGAUUUUAGAAAAUUGUGAACAUUGGAACCAUAUCACUGUGUCAACAUUCCAUUUGCCAAGGUUUCAUGAUAUUCAUUUCGAGAGAACUGUAAAUGAAAAACAUACAUUUCAAGAAACCCUCUUAAUUUUUUUAAAAAAUCAACUCAAUAUUACGAAUGCCGUUGGGGAUUUGCUUUUCAACUUUUUUCAAAGUUUCAUCCAUUCUAUGAUCAUUUUAGCUAAAACCAUGACUCGAGACGAAGUUGCUUCUGUAUCCUCCCCCUUUUUCAAUUUACUUUUACCUACAACAAAAGACUCCCUAUCCUUACUUGUAUGUUUAGAAAGUUGGGAUUCUGUCAUUCCUCUUCCCCAGAAAACACAGUCAUGUGGUUCUUGUUUUCUUAUAUUAAAAACGUUACACCGAACUUUUGAUUUUUCUUCAUUUUCAAUACGUGAUUCAAAACUUAUUCAUGAUGAGGUUUCUUUAUUUGAUAAAAAACCAGUAUUUCAAAGCUUUGUUACAAUACAACUUAAAUAUACUCUAAAUGAAGCCUUCGAGACUGAGUCGUUUUUUGAUAUGAAUACUUUCCGUUUUCAAAUGAAUUCCAAGUCUAUGCCUGAAGCAUUUGACAUUGCGUUGACGCAUUUCACCGUUGGAAGUUCUGGAGAAAUAUGGAUUCCAUUCAUGCUGACUAAAAACACAAUUUUGCACUCUAUCCUUCAAAAAAAUUUAAAUCUGGACUAUAUCACCGAUGAAAAAGUCAUAUGUUUUCAUGUCAAACUUUUGAAUAUUGAAUUACCUCCAACAAAAGUACUUGAUAAUGAAAGAAAUUUUUAUUCUGAUAUUUACUCCCCACAAGAUCCAACUUCAAACUACGUUGUAUCUCUUCAUUCUUUAGCAAAGGUGGACACGGACUUUUUAACUCAAGUUCAAUAUUUUAUGAAACAACCUUAUUCCAAAGCCUUUUGGACAACGCAGCAAAUUGAAGACACAACUGACAUUAACGGCAAUAAACUUAGCACAAUAAUAUGUCCUUACUGCGAUAAAGAUGUUUACUCAGCAGUCGUACAUAAUGUACGGAACCUUAUAGACGGGUGUUUUACGUGUACAACUGAUUUCAAUCUUUACCCUUCACUUGAUGUGUUAGGAGAAAAAAUGAAUCUUCAAAAACAAUUUCACAAUCUUUUUAAUGAUUGUUACUUUUCGAAAAUCGCCAUGUGGAAGUAUGAUAGCAGUUAUAAAUUGAAAUGGACGCAAUAUCAAUUGUUCUCUAGUUUGACGAAUCAUGAUUUGUUCCUUCAAGCGAAUACAUCGCCUUUAGUAGUUUUAGGUCUAGAAAGUACUAUUUGGUCCACAGUUCUUCCACAUCAUUCGUAUAUUGGAAUGUGCCGAUUAUCAAAGAGAUUAACACAAUUGACUUCACAUGAUCCUUUAUGGAACAAUGUUCUUCACUGCUUUAUACAACCCUUUAAAUUGUAUUUUAGUAACUCUGUUUUUAACCCACCUGAUGUUUGUAAUACAAUAGUUCGAAAAAUUUCAAACGCACCAGUGCUUUCUCAAGAAUUCCAAGCCUUGUCAAUUCUUCACCCUAACACUUUUUUGGGGAGUGUGGUAGCGUUACCCUCCACAAUUUCUUUAUGGCCUUCCAUCUGUUCAAAUAAUACUUUAUCUAUUUUUGAUAUUUUAAACAAAAAGAUUCAAGAUGCUGUGUACUUUAAUAAACAAAAAGUCGAAAAUACGUUCAGUGCUAAAACGUGUAUAGGAUACAAGUGGAACUCUGAAAAACGAACUGUUACGAUAUUUACAGAAAAUAAACAACCAACAACAUUAGUAGAUGAUUCAAUUUUUCUUCUUUUUAAAUCAUUAAUUUCUAUUUUUUGUGAUAUGAAAGAUCGUCAAUUCACUAUAGAAUCGAAUUGGUCGGGAAAUCCUAUCAUAAAUAACAUGAAAGAUGAAAUGGGUCAUUCAUUGUUGACUGAGCCACAAUUGAUAAUCAAUUCUUUUUUAAAAACUUUUUCCAUGUCCAUUUCAAUAGACCCAUCAAAUUCGUUACAUAAAGAGAAAAAUGAGUUAGUUUUUGUUCCAAGUAUGCGAAACUCUUUUGCGAAUUCUGAUCAUUUUAUACCUUCCGGAGUAUUUAUACAAGGAUUAAGACAACAGCUUUACGUUUUUGAAAAUUUGGUAAAUUUCAAAACAACGUAUUCUUCCCUUUUAUCAUAUCUGACUCAAUUUCUAAAUCGGUGGCCUGGUUAUCUUUAUUUUCGUGACGCAAUGAUAGCUCACGGAUAUAUAGAAACAUUAUGUUCUGAUCUUUUAGAACAUUUAAAACAUUCGUUUGUAUCACCAGUUGCAAACAAUCUUCUCACUAUAAUUUAUUGGGCAAAUAAAAAAAAAAAAAAAAAUGUUUGUUUUUUAUUAUGUGCACCAUUAGCAGCUGUUCUCAUUAUUAAAUGUUUAACUUGUAAAAUUGCUCGUUUUUUAAGCAGCGUAAACAUUUGUCAAAACGUAGAAAAAACUAUUAAGGAACAUGUGACUAUUCUUUUAAAAGUAACGCGAACAUCUUCAAUGUCCGAUCAUAGAGAACAAAUAUUUUCAUUUUGGUCUCUCUGUUUCGCGUUUGACCAGCAACAAUAUAUCCGCAAUGUUAAAAAGACAUUCCGCCAUGUUUUGCAAUGGGCGUCAAAAUGUUUUCAAAAUGAUAUUUUUACAUAUCUUUUACAAAAAACCGAAGAAGUUCAAUUUAACGGACUCAGUUAUAGUGCCGCUUUAAACCUAUGUCUUCCUAGAAAAUGUUUUUUUCAUUCACUUUUUUCUACAAACACGUCCAUCAAAGCUGUAUCUCGACCUAAAAUUUCCGAAGAAGUACUUGAACAAUUUUUUUUUUCAAUACUGAAUUACGGUCCUCUUGACGAGUCUUUGCGUAGUCGUUUAACACUAUGGAGUGAAUCUGUAUCGUCUGAAAUUAUCCACAUUCCAACAGCAGACGGACUGCACGUCUACUGGUCUACACUCCAAUGUAUUAAGAGUCAUAAUCUUCUUCACCCUUCCCUUCUUGAUACAUUUUACAUUUUUCUAACAAUGUUUGCAUUCCAAUACGUUUUAUCCUUUGAUCCUUGGUUAGGCUUUUUCACUAACAGUGACAUCAUAUCCGCAACACAACGUGAAAAGAAAGACACAAAACUUUCAGCUUGUAAUCAAAUUCCUUCAAUGGCCCAGUGGUUUGAAACGACCACGUGGUUUGAGCCAUUGCUUGUAACACUGAACGCUAUUAUUCUCUCACAGGAUGACGACAAUUACAACGACACUAAAAUGUUUUUUCCAGGAAAUAUUAAAGCAAUGCUUUACACAACAAACGCUUUAUUUAUGCUUUACACAUAUGGAGAUCACAAGAAUUUCAGUAGAUGUCUUCAUGAAGCUUUCAGUAUAACUUUAAAAAUGCCUCCGUUUUCAAUGUUUUCCUGUUUUUGUCUUAUAGCUUUAGAAUAUUUAAAAGGUUGGGGUCAAGAAGAAACACCAAAAACCCAAAUGUGGGCAUCUUAUUUUCGCUACACUAGACGAACAUGGCCACUUACUCCGUUUCAUAUCGGUUUGCCCGAUUGUUGUCCCGCCAGUCUCAUACCUUCUCAACUACAGGAAACAUGGUCUGUCACAAAAAGCCGACCAAACGCAACAGCUGCCAUAUAUCAACAUUUUAAACUCAAGGAAACAGAAGAUGCAAUGACACCCACUAAGACUAUCUUACCUACCGAAAGUACUACCAUUUCACACAACGUAUUGAAGGAUGAUCCUGACACGAAGAAAAAAGAACAGGCUAUUACAAGUGAUCUUGCUAUUCACCUGAUGUGGAAUAUAUCAUCGACGUCUCCAGAUUUUUUUUUAUGGUUUUACUCCUGCGUUAUUUCGCCAUGUUUAGUUUUCCUAGAACUGCAAAGUGAUUUUAAUUCUUUACAUAUUUCACCAUUCCUACGAGAUGAUUAUGUUACGUUUUUGAAUUGUAAUUCUAAAACUUCUUUACGAAAACACUCUCUAUCACCGUCUCAAGUCGUUAGCAAAAUUUCUUCAAAUUGUAUUGAAUUCAAAAAAAAAAAUGUGAAUCUUUUUCUUACAAAGAAUUUGCCUUCCGCUUCGUGCUACAUGUUAGGAAACAAUUCUGUAGCAGGCUCUCUAGGGGUAGGAUACCCUAGACAUCUUAUGCAUGAGGAAACGCUUUACGAGAUAGCACCCGAACUCCGCGAAGAAAACUGUAUUUCCAAACUCUCAGGUAUUGAUGUAUGGUGUGCAGGUAAUCCAAUACCCAUGUAUUUCACUCCAAAAGCCUCUUCCAUCGUUUCUGGAAACUACCACACAGUGCUCUUAACUGAAAAAACACACGAAAUAUACACGUGGGGGUGCAACCAAUACGGUCAAUGUGGAGUCCCCAGCGCUUCAAAUGAUAACAAAAGUUAUCGGUGGUCUACUGAUUUGCAUCCGAAAAAAAUUACUAUGGAUUAUUUGAAAUUUGACGUGGUUUCUAUCGUUUUGAAACAAAAGAUUUCAAGUUGGAUGAAUAAUCCAUUUUCUUUUUUCAUGAAUUCGAAAGAGUACCAUCUAUUUUAUGAACAUACAAAAAAGCCGAAAAUGGAUGCAAUCGAAUCAGCUGGUGAAAAGGAUCAAUAUAAUCAUUCUAAUCGUCUUGACACUGCAAUCAUGCAGCCAGUUCGUGUAAACAUGGUAUCGAAUAAACCAAACGAUCCGUUUGUUGAUGUAUACGCAGGAGCGACAUAUUCAAUAGCAAGAACUGCUUCAGGUCACUUAUGGCUGUGGGGAAGUACGGGGGAUGGUUGCCUAUCUAGAGAAUCAAAUCAACUACCUUCACCGCUAGAAGGCAGCAAACUUGCCAAAAAAUUUUUGACCAUUUGCAAGAAAAAAAUAUGUGACAAAGACCAACAGGCCAUUACUAAAUAUAUAAUCUCUCGAUUACACCGUGUUCGUAAAGUUGCUGCAGGAAUGUUUCAUGUUGCAGCAUUAGAUUGUUAUGGCGGCUUAUGGUUAUGGGGUCAAUCUGAAGCAGGUCAAUUGGGAUUUGGUUUAACUUCACCAAAUAACUUUUCACUCAAUUCUCCUUUGUUACAUUCUCAGGCAGUUUUUUUGCCCAGACGACUUCGAGUUUUUAUUUUAAAUUUUAACUUGUUUUCGCAAAUGGAUUUCAAACAAGGUCAAACACUUCAAUUCUUUUCAGAAACAGUUUAUACUAGACUUCGUCAAAAAAUUGCAGAGUUUUUAACACUGAUAAAAAUUGAUGGCAAUCAUUGGAAAACGCUACCACCAAGUCUCAUAAGCUGUCGGUUAAUUCCUAGAUUUGAUUGCCUUCUUUUCAGUCUAACUGACCAGUUCCUUUUAGACUUUUCAGAACUUAACGUGUCUCAUAUUUUAUCACCAUCGCCUCUUAUAACUGAAGAGUUACAAUUCAAAUUAGUCAGCUGUGGUGAAGCGCAUACCAUUUCUGUAGGUGUAACGUACUAUGGCCAAAAUGAAGUACAAUGGUUACUAUCCUGGGGUCAAUCCAAGUAUGGUCAGCUUGGUAUUGAUUUUGACUUAGGGAACGAACAUCAACAACCAAAUAUUGACAUUGCUGCUUGUUUCAAUUUUCGUUCGUUAUCAGAUGCUGUUAUUUCAGAAAACCACGUUCGAGCAACUCCAUGUAUAGUCAACCGGAAAAACGACUUGAAUGCCUCAUUCAAUGGGUCCAUUAUGACUUGUGCCUCCGGCGGUUGUUGUAAUGCUAUUAUUUUAGACACCAACAUGAUUGCAGUUUGGGGCUUAAACGAUUUUGGCGCACUCUGUUUUAAUGAACAAAGGUUUCCCGAAAUUCGAACACCUAAAAUCGUUCACAUUUUUGAACCUGAUUUCGGUAUUGUAACAGAUGUUGUAUUCGCCAUGGGAAAUUCCCUCACAUUUUUUUUAUCAAAAAAAGGAAAAGUCAAAAGUUUCGGUAAAGAUAAUGCUGGAUCAAGUGGUAGUCGAAUCAAGCACACAGGAAUUAUUCGAUCAUUGAUUGAUUGCAUGGAUAUGCAACAUUUUAAUUCAAAAUCUUUGCAACUUCCAUUAAACUUCCCCGUUUGCCGAAUUUCAGCCGGUAUCGCACAUACUGUAUUUCUUCCAAUGCAAAAAAAAAGAUUUCUCUCACAAUGAAGUUAUUGAAGCGAAAGCAUUUCGAUUGUCCAGAAAUUUAUUUGAAUCUGUUUAUUGACACAAAUUAAACCAACCCGUAUAAUUUGAUUCAUUGAGUAAUGUUUUAUGUUUAGAUAAUUUUUUUUUUAAAACAAAAAACACUUGAAAGGCUCAAAAAAGUCAGAAAUCGGUUAUGUUUCCAACCACCUUUUCGUAUAGUAUUCUAAAGUCGUUAACUUAAAGAACUCUAGUAUUUUGUUGUAAAUGGAGUUUUAUAUUUCUAGUAAAGAGUUGACAGAAAAAUUGGUUGCUUACACUUGUUUUAAGAAAUACAAAUGUUAAGAGUACUGUCGUAUUUCUUCUAAGCUAUGUUUACGCACAAUAUUACAAUUGUUAUAAAAAUUUCACCAAAAAAAAAAUUUUGAAAGCAUAAAGUCCUUAACUUCUCCAAUUAAGUCUCGGGUUUUUUGACGAAAAUGUUCAUUAUUAAAAAAGUAACAAAGUCUCUCGUAAUCCAUCCUUAACCCAUUACACGUUAUAUGAUCAACCACGACAUUAUUCGAUGGAAACAAACCCAAUUCAAUCAUGUCGUUAGUAAACGAAGUAACAUACUGCGAAAUGUCUUUCAAGGAUUUAGACA